AUGCCGACAGCCACAACGGCUGCAACCAACGGCGUAAGGCAUGCCGAAGCUGACGAACGCUCACCUCUCUUAUCCACCCCGAACGAAAAUGGAGUAGGAGGAGCAGAGCCAUCGCAGUGGACAAGAUGGACGAGCAUUUUCAAGGAACACGCCUGGACGCCAUUACCGCACUUUGACUCGAGCGAUGCGCUGCCCACUUCGUACGUGGUGCCUCUUCUGCUGCAGUGCGUCAUCACGGGACUGGCGGACGCCUCGACGUUCUCGCUGACGGGGACGUGGGUGGGCUUUAUGACGGGCAACAUGGUGCAGAUGGUGAUCAAUGCAUUCGACUUUUGGCUACCCUCGUCGUCCAACGCCAGCAGCGAUCAGGAUCGCGUUCGCACCAAGCUCAUGUACAAUCUGAGUGCGAUCGGCGGCUUUAUGCUGGGCUGUCAGGUCACCGCGCUGAUCCUCAAGCGCUUCAGCAGCGAGCGUUCGAAGCGCAUGGCGCUGGUCGCCUUUUCGCUGUACCGAUCCGUCAUGACGUUUGGGCUGGUCAUGUUUGGUGCGCACCAUUCGACGCUGCAGCUGCAGGGUCCAUUGGGAUGGCUGGUGCAUUCCAUCCUCGCAGCGAGCAUGGGGUGCCAGUCGACGUACUCGACCAGCCUCGCCACGCCCUUUUCCAACACGGUAGUGUUCACAGCCACGCUGACGGCCGUGUCGUCGGAUCUGCAUCUGCACAAUCUGCGACUCGAGAAGGCCAACCGCUUCAAGCUGCUCAGCAUCGUCGGUCUGCUCUCGGGCGGCGCACUGUCGCAGGCGGUGCUCAAGCUCGCCACCAAGGCGUCGAGGCGCAGCAAACACGAGGCGGUACAGCACGCCCUCAUGCUGCUCUCGGCCAUGGAGCUGCUGCUCGGCCUAAGCUGGUUCCUGUGCGGCAUUGCGGCCAGCUCAAAGCAAUACGCUCGUAGAAGAGCUGCACGCCUGUCUUCCAUGCCUGAGACGGACGAGGCUAGAAGACAUCGAAAGGAGAUCACCGAGAACGGCACCAUUGCUCUCACAGAAAGACCGGCCAAUGCCGAGUCUGAUGGUGCUGAAGUGCCUGCCGACCCCGCAUUGGUCCCCACCAUACACUCAUGCUCAUCAGCUUUUGAUGAGACCACCGAGCUAGCCGAGCUCGCAUCGGCGGCCGACUCGCGUAUUGCUUCCACCAUGUCGCUUUCCUCCAUUGACCCACAAGGCAAAGCAGCCCCUGACGCCGUUGCGCAGCACCGUCGACUGGACCAGCGUAUUUCGGCAGACCCUGUUUCGGUAAUCUCGCACCGAUGCGCUCAAGCUCUGUGUGAUCAGCCGGCUGCAUCGGCACAGAGCCUUCCAUCCACGCGUGCUCCAGCCUCGAACGCAUCGUGCACGGCCGCGCAUCCGGCGGCCGUUGCGGCCAUCCUUGGUCUUGCAGGCGCCGGGUGGAUGUAUAAAGACUCCGAUGACAGCGGCGCCUUGUUGGCCCUCCCCAAACUCCGCAUUGUUCUCCCCCGCAUAUUCCUGCAGCAACGGCCCGUCGCUCCUGCUUCCCUCCACUUGGCCAUCCAGCCUCACUGCCCCACUCGUUGCUUUGCGACAUCCAUCUCGCGAUCGCUCGUCAGUAUAGCCAGGAUGACGUUCAAGGCUGCCCUGCUUCCACUGGCGCUUCAGCUGCUAGCUUCGAGCGCAGCACUUGCCAGCCCCAUGCCUGCAAGGGCAGCAGCGGUCGACUGCACCGAGCCCGCCAACAACGCAGCUUCAGCAAGUGGCGCCACCACAUCCUCCUCCGCCGCGGCUCCACAGCAGACUCCUGGCUUUGUCAACAACGGCACCAUCGGCAGCUACGCCUGCCUGUACAGCUCGCAGUCUGAAAGCGACCAACUUGUCCUCGGCGCAGCGUCGACAGUGCCGGGCACCCAGUGUCCAGACGCCCUGCCUCCUGUGUAUCCGAACAACCACAUUGAGCUGCGCGCUCCGGACGAUUCGAUCCGCGCCACCUUCCAGCCGUACGGCUCGGGCGUCACGGAACUCUGGGUCAAGGACCGUUGGGGUGGCUGGCGAGACGUGGUGCUCGGCUACGACAAUACCACCAACUGGGCCACCGAUCCCAUCCACCCCAACUUUGGGCCCAUCGUCGGCAGGUACGCCAACCGCAUCAAGAACGGUACCUUUGAGCUCAACGGCGAGACGUACAACAUUCCCAAGAACGAGAACAACCUCGACUCGCUUCACGGCGGCAAGAUCGGCUACGACCGCAGCGCGUAUACGAUCAAGAGUCUCAGCUCCAACGAGGUGGUGCUUGAGCAUGUUGAUCCCGAUGGAUUCCAGGGCUUCCCGGGCCAGGUCAAGACGCUCACGCGCUACACGCUCGGAGAGAAUGCGACGUGGCACAUUGAGCUGAAUGCGACGGCGAACAAGCAGACGCCUAUCCUGCUCUCGUCGCACGUCUACUGGAACCUGGCGGCGUUCAACGAGUCGGCGUCGAUCCUGGAUCAUGUGCUACACAUGCCGUAUGCGGACAAGUACGUCGAGACCGACACGAUCCUCAUCCCCACCGGCCCGCUGCCGCCUGUGCAGGAUACGCCGUACGACUUCCGCGAGCCUACUGCGUUCACCAAGAACUUCAACGACACGCUCGGCGUGUGCGGAUACGAGUGCAAGGGCUGGGACUCGUGCUUCAUCAUGUCCGACCCGCCCGGAUACAACACAGCCAAACCCGUGGUGGAGAUGUACAGCCCCAAGUCCGGCAUCAAGCUCUCGGUGGCUACGAACCAGGCGGCCGUGCAGGUGUACACGUGCCCCGGUGUCAAUAGCCCCACCAAGGGCAGCAUCCCGCGCAAGCAGGUGCACGGCGGCAAGGUGGGCGAGAACAUCGGAGAGGUGAUCUACGAUAACUCUGAAUGCGUCGUCCUCGAGAUGGAGGACUAUAUCGAUGCCAUCAACCAGCCCGAGUGGGGACGAAACCAGAUCUACGGCCCCGACCGUCCGUACCACUGGAAGUCCACUUACACCUUCUCCACCGUCGACGAGAACGGCAACGCCAUGUAG